AUGUCGUCCAAAAAGAAGACGGUUCGUUCUCCUUAUCCACUUCCAACCAAAUUCCCAACGCCACUUGAACAGGCAUCUUAUAAGACUUAUAAUUGGAUCGAAAACAGUCUUUGGCCAGUGAAACCAAUUCCAUAUGUAGCCACAACCGUUGCUCUUGCUGCCACAUUACACUACAAAUAUCCAGAGAACGCGAUUCUCGAUGUUCUUCCAAAGUUCUCCUCGGAGGCUGCUGAAAUUGCAAAAACUGCUUUAGUGUCGGCCGUCGGAACCUAUGCAGGAGUAUUUACACUUCGAAAACUUCUCAAGUAUUUCUACUUCUCCUACAAGGGUUUCCUGUUUGAUAACCCAAAGAAACCAUGCCUGAAAACAAAAAUUUGGGGUAUUGUCCGACACAUUCUAUCCAUUUCCCCUCCGAUUCUGGAAUCUUGUGACCGCCUUCUCCCGAACCUUCCCGUUCCUGCUCUCAAUGAUACCAUCACCGAGUACCUGUAUUCCAUGAAACAUAUUCUGACUGAACAGGAAUUGGAAACAAUCACAAAACAGGCACAAACUUUCCUGGACGAGGAAGGGAAGAAGCUACAAAGAUACACUAAUCUCUACUCCCUAUUCACUGACAAUUAUGUGACCUCAUUCUGGCAAAAGUACGCAUAUCUGCAUGGAAGAUAUCCACUUCUCAUCAACAGCAGUGUUGCUCACUGCGAUUUGCUCCGUGAUAAAGAUUCCACAAGAGCCCAUAGAGCUGCUCGUGUCACUUGGAUCGAGGUCAUGUCUCAUUUGGCAGUGGAUCGACAACAGUACAAGCCUCUCGGGGAUGGUUUGGUGUGUACUAGACACUAUAAAAAUAUGUAUGCAGUUACUAGAGUGCCCGGAGAAAAAAUUGAUCAACUGAAACUUCAUGGAGUACAGAAACAUAUUGUGGUGGUGCUGCGUGGAAAGUAUUACAAGGUUCAUGUGGUGGAUGAUAAGAACAACAUCUACACAAUUGAACAGUUGACCAAAAUCUUCCACGAAAUGAUCUCCAGAGAUGAGAAAGAGGAAGGUGUUAUUGGUAAAGUAGCCGCAUUAACCCAUGAUACAAGAGACGCUUGGUGCAAGAACAGAAAGAAAUACUUCCUUGAAAACGAAACCAAUGCUCAAAUUCUGAAAGAAAUUGAGAGUGCAGUCUUUUUCUUCACUCUCGACGAAGAUGACAACUACGGAUACGAUCCAAAGGAUCCUGAAGUUCUUAACAAUUUCCUAGCCAACACAUUGUCUGGUGACGGAACAAACCGAUGGGUAGACAAAUCGCUCAACUAUAUUUGUUCAAAGAAUGCUCGAUGUGGUGGAACAACAGAGCAUUCAAUUGCGGAUGGCGCUGAAUUUGAUCACAUCAUGGAGAACUUUGUCUAUGUUGAUCUGGAAAUCGUCGGUUAUAAAUCUGUGGAAGAACAGGAGAAAAUGGCAAGCAUGUCGGAUAAUGAGAAGAGCUCUUUGAAAUUGGCCACUCCUUUGAAAUUCGACGUUCCCGACGAAACGAUGCUCACCGAAAUCACUCGUUGCUACGAAGCUCAUCAGGUGUCCAAAAACGAUCUUGAUCUGUUUGCUCUCGCAUUCCGAGAUUUUGGAAAAGGACGUAUCAAGAAGUGUGGAGUGUCUCCAGAUGCAUUCAUUCAGAUGGCAAUUCAAUUGGCCAACUAUAGAGAUCAAGGAAAGUUCGUUCUCACUUACGAACCAGCUUCUGUCCGCUUCUUCGCCAACUCCAGAACGGAAACUUUGAGAACUGUUAACGACGAUUCGUGUGCAUUUGUGGAAGCAAUGUUGAAUGAGAACGAAACAGUAAGAAAGAGCAAAUGUGUAGGAAAAAAAAUUAAAAUUAAAUUUCAGAAGGAUGCAAAAAUUGCUCUUCUCAAGAAAGCAUGUGAGACCCAUGUUCUUCGUAAUAAGAAGUGUAUGGUUGGACAAGGUGUGGACCGUCAUCUCUUCGUUUUGUACAUUCUCUCCCAAGGGACUGGAAUCGAGAGUCAAUUCCUUGAUAACUACAUUUCGCAAAAGUGGAAAUUGUCUACUUCUCAUGUUCCGAACGUAACAAAUCAAUGUGACGAGGACACAGAUCCAGACAACACUUGGCUGGGAGCCUGUUUCGGAGCUGUUGCCGCUGACGGAUACGGAAUUUGCUACCGCUUCGGAGGAAAUCAUGGAAUCUUUGCCAAUAUCACUAGCUACCACUCAGCAGCCAACACUGAUUCCACGAGAUUCGCUAAACUUCUAUCCGAAUCGUUCCAUGAACUCUCUGAUCUUUUUGUUUAG